AUGGCAUCAAAGGUUAAUUUAGCAGAUCUCAUUGAUGAUAUUGACCAACAAGACCAGGUUUCUGGAGUAUCAAAAUCAUCCUUAAAAAAGCGAUUAGAUUCCAUUCAUCGAGGCUCAGUACGAUUUAUUUAGAGAGGGCAACCUUUAAAUUCCAUAGCCCAAAACAAACUUGAGAGAAAAGCAGCUUACAAUUUAGCUACCAAAGAAAUCUCUAAAUGGCAAGAAACAGUAACAGCCAAUAAAAACGCACCCCAACUUGACUUAACAAAUGAGCCUCUUCCACGUCCUAGCAUUGACACAAUUGUAAAGAACGGAGAAAGGAAUUCCAUGCAAAAAGAAAUUGACCAAGCCCUCGGGAUCACCUACCAUGACUCUGGAUCUGAAGAAGAAACAAAUAUCACAGGCCAAAGAGCUAAAUUAAGGAGUCAAAUGUUCCACCAAUAUCUCAAGCAAAAAAGGAUCGCCAAGAUUAAAAGCAAACUCUACCACAAAAUCAAAAAUAAACACAAAGAAAAAGAAAAAGCUGAAGUAGACGAAGAUGAAGCCAAAGAGCAAGAAGAAAUGCUAACUCCCCCCCAAUUAAUAGCGGACGAAAUCAAAUUUUUUUUCCCUAAAAAUGGACCUUUAGAUACCAUUUAAUAACGGAAAUUUUUUACUAUAAAAAAUUUUAAAUUAUAUAAGAUAAUCGUUCAUUAUAAAUUUACUAAUAUACAUAAAAUGGCGGAUGACUUCUGACCCGUCCUCUUGAGACGGUUACCUGUGUAUAUCCGGGCAUGGUUUUUGGAGCCAGGAAUUGGCCCAGCUAUGUCUUGGGACCUCAAGGCGAGAGGUCUAAGCGCAAAGAUCGCUGUUUUUGUGACCAAGAAUUGUGCAAAUAACUAGCUUAUCACCAGUUGUUAGUCUUUUCUCUUUCUGGUUUCUCCAUUCAACUCCAUUUUAUUAGAUUUAGUGCUACUCUUUUGACUUAAAAAUGUAUUUUUUUCAGACCUUUUAUAAAAAAUUUUAAAUAGAAAAAUAUAUAUAAAUAUCAAACUUUUUAAGUUAUGACCCAUUUAAUAGCGGACGAUUUUUUCGUCCGCUAUUAAUUGGGAGGGGAGGAGUAAGAAUUCAGGAGAGGAUUUCUUUAAAGCACUCCAAAGCAAAUAAAUACAAAAAAUCUUUAUUGAAGUACUCAAAAAGAGAACAUGACGCAGCAAGUAAAGGGCUAAACGAGACUGAAGAGUUAAGGAAAAGAAUUAUGAACCCGUCUAGGAUGAAUAGUGAAGGGAAAUUGGCUUAUGAAAGCAGCUCUGAUGAAGAUGAAGAGUUCUUGGCUGAACAACUUAAGCUAGAGCUAGAAGACAAUAAAGACACAAAAGGAGUUUUGGGGAUGAAGUUUAUGCAGGAAGCUAUUAAACGGCAAAGGGAAAAAGAAAAAUAUAACGAAGAAAGCUUACUGGAGGAUCUGCAGAAAGAAGAGAGCCAGACAUCAAAAUUUAAGUUUGAUGGAGAAGAAGGAAAGCCAAAGAAAAAGAAAAAAACUGAAAAACAAGCUGAAAAGGUUGAAAAAGUCAAGGAACAGCAAGAUUUGAUUGAUGAAGCCUUUGGGGUGGAUGAAAUGGACCAGGUAGCUGCAGAAGAGUGGGCAAAAGAUGAAGAAGCAAAACAAGAAAAGCAGCCUAAGUUCAAAAAGGGAUGGGGAAGAUGGACUGGGUCUGAUAUAAAAGAAGUAGAAGAGCCGCAAAAGCCUCAAGUUUAUAAAACAGACAAAGUUUUAAUUGAUGGAGAAAGAGACAAAAGGGCUGCAAAAUAUUUAGUCAAGCAGCUUCCAUUUCCUUUCAAGACUUCAAGACAAUUUGAUGCAGUUCACAAAAUCCCACUUGGAAAAGAUUGGAACUCAAAGAAAACAUACCAACAGCUGACAGCGCCAGAAAUUUUGACUCGUCCUGGUGAAAUAAUUUCUCCGAUUUCUGCUAGCCAAAUAAUAAAAAACUAA